AUGGGUAACGAAGUGAGUCGCGGCACUGGGACUAACAGCCCAAGCCCAACGAGUUCAGGGGUCGUCCCACCACGGUCGCCUUACACACCCACUGGUGGUGCGUCCCGUCAUGGUCAGAGCUUCCGCACACGCUCUCCGUCGCCAGACAAUCGCUCGCCGCAACCCCGAUCCAGCCGCAGAUCGCUGGUAGGAAUAUCUUCUAGUUCCGAUCCUAUAAACAACUAUAGGAAGGAACGUACAAUUCAGUACAUGGACAGGGCGAUUCGACGCCGGGUGCGAGGCGGCGUGACGUACAACAUGAAGCUGCUGAUCCGCGGCGCCAAAGGCACGGGCAAGACGUCGCUCUUCCAGCGUCUCAAGGGCGAGCCGAUCCCGGAGACUCAUGAGACGUCGCCGCAGCUUCAAUGUGCGACGAUUAACUGGACUUUUCGCCAACAGCUCGAGGAAAACGUCAAUUGCGACGUGUGGGACGUUGUUGACCGAGGGUUUGUCCCGGGUGAAGCUGAAGAAAAGAAGUGUGAGACGGACUCGUCCAAGUCUGUAGGCGCUGAUUCUGCAGCUGCUGCUGCUACUGCUUCGGCUGUAGUGGAUUUGAGUGAGCAGGAGAGCCACAAGAUUCUGGGGGCUGACAAAGUGUUAGCAUCUGCGACAGUUGCAGCUGCAGCCGCUGCGAAUGGCAUCCAGUACUUUACAGAUACGGUAGACGCUUCGACCGUGGAUGUGUACCAUGAAGCUCAUGGAGUGAUUUUUAUGCUGGAUAUUACCAAGAGGGAUACAUUGGAGUACGUGAAGCACGAGCUAGACAAUGUACCGGUUCAUAUUCCGACGUUGGUACUGGGAAACUUUCGAGACCGAGGGAACCACAGGAACGUUUUUAAAGAAGAUAUUCGAAAGUUACUGUUUGGAUUGAAAGAUCAGCCGCAACAGCAGCGGUGGAGACGACCGACAGAGCUGCUGUAUUUCGAGUGCUCGUUGCUAGACUGCUACGGACUCAAGUCGCUUCAUCAGUACUUCGGUAUACCUUUCUUACAAUUAAAACUAGCGACGAUCUCGCAACAGAUGCGCAUCGUACAAGACGAAUUUGCCAAUCUAAAGCACGACGUUCAAGCAACGAUUAUUGAGCAGCGCUACGUGGAGUACGUGAAGCACAUUAAAACAACCGGAUCAGAUAUACGGACAGGCAGACGUGGCUCUGGUGGUGGUGAUACCCCUAUAGCUGCAUCACAAAGCAACUCUUCCGUCUCAUCUUUUAGAGAACCUAGUCAAACAACUCCCGUCGCACAGCGAAAUGGUACGGAAGAUGACGUCAGUGUCGUGAGUCUAGAAAACAGUGUGAGGACUUAUUCAGAGCAAACUGCUGUCGUGGCUUCUGCAACUGCUGUGCCUGCUGAGGCGUCGCUGCAGGAGCAAAAGGUGGACGAUGAUCAAGACACAAAGGAUUCGUGUGUAGACAGUAGCAUUGUUGCUACAAAGGCGGCAACUUCAUCGAGACUCGAGCACAAGGAGAGCGUAGCAUUACUUACAGGCGUUGCAGUCGAAGAUGAUGCUGCAAAACCUACGGAUACCGUGUUCACUGAACAAAGUAGCGAGGCUCUUGAUUCAAGUAAUGCUCAUUCAAGUUGUGGCAAAACGGUCUUGCUGGAAAGAGUAAUCCAACUCGAAGACUUUCAGGUUCCAAAGACAAGUAUUAGUGAACUCAACAACUUUUACUCAGAGAAUGAAAGUGACGAAGAAUCUAGCUGUAAUGACGAAGACAUAGUGAUCGCACCUGAAAACGAGUCGAUGGCGGCAAACGUUCGCGGCGUUUACCAUAAGCAGCCUUUCCUUGACUCUGAUUCCUCAGAUUUGGAUGAAAGUGAAUCGUUGAAAAAACCACAUAAGCGAUCAAAAGAAGCGCUUCGUAAGAGCUAUCGUCGUGGCGGUACAGCUAAGCAAGCAAAUCCAGUUACGAACCAAACGGAAUCUGGAGCUCAUCAAUCUUCCAGGAUACCUACUUCACCACUUCCGCCAACAACGGCUCUUCAAUCAAGACAGAGAAGCAAGUUUGCGUCUCCGGCUCGACCUUCACGCGAUGUAGCUCUAUCUACGACGCUUCCUGCUGCCCUGCCCGUUUCUUCGUCUGUUUCUUCGGACCAUCAUGAAAGCGAGAACGGAUUGGCAGGGACAGUGCUUGGAACUCGUGGGUACGAGCAGCAAGGCAGGAGUGAGCGGUCAUUACCAAGCGAGGAGCCUGCUGGACCAGACGAUACAGUUGGCGUUAGCGGGCAAGUUCCUUUGCUGGAGCAUGAGAAGCUGAAAAGCGUCGAGGGUGUAAGCAUUGAUUCUGCUGACGGUGCAAGCAACAUCACUCAUAUCAGCAGUUCAUGUUUUGCAAUAGAGAGCAAAGUGAAAGACGUGUCAGUCGCACCCGUGCAAGAUGCCAUUACCAAAGGCACUAACUGUGAGCCCAAGAAUGCCCUACACGACCAAAUCAAAACUGUCGUUAAAGAAGAAGUUAAUGGACGACCAGCCGACAUCGAAGUGAGCGAGUCGAGUGCAGGCAGCCUUGGCGAGCCAGACACUACCCUCGGUGACGGUAAAGAACUGGCAAAAUCUGAUGACAUCCCGAUUGCAGGGCAGCGAAUUGUCACAGAUGUGCCACAACUCUCUUCCGUCGCUCCGGAUUCGCCACUUUGUCGCCUUGGGGUUGCCGGCGAUGACUUUGAUGACCAAACAAGCGAUGAGGGCGGUUCAAUAAAGAGGCGUCAAUCACCACUGAAAGAGUCUCCACUGAUUCUUGGACGGCCAAUUUCGUCUCCACAAUUACCUGAGCAGCUAAACUCAGGAAGGAGCGAACGUGUUGCAAAAGAGGACCCGGAAGCGACCUUGGGACAUCUCCAUAAGAGAAACUUGGACAUAGCGGGUGACAUCUCUUCGUUAUCAGCGCUUCAAGCGUCACUACCGUUGCCCAAUGAGACUGCGUCGCCGCUAUCCAACGACUGUCCGGCAAAGGCACGACUGAUGUUGUCUGAUUCUCACUCCACUCUUUCGAAUACAUCUCCGACAUCCAGAGCAGUUAAGCCUAACUUCGCGACUGUUGUUCCGAGCAACGAUCUGGAAGCAUUCUUAAACGAAAGCGACAGCGACCCGGAAACCGCGCCACCUUCCAAUUGCGCUAGCCCUGCAGAGGAAAAGAAUCGGCUGAAGGAACGACCUAUUUUCGGAAGAAACUUGGCCGAGUCAAGCGACUGCAGCGACGAUGGAGAUGAGCAGGAGCGUUUUGUGAGCUACAGCAUCAGCAAGAAGAAGAGGUCCGAACGGAGACGCCAGCUUAAAGAAGAUUUGCGCCAGCUACAUGUUGCUCUCGAGAACGACCCAUUCACUACAUCAACAAGUGCGGUAGCGGCGACAGGUUUACCGUUUGAGGCGCCGAACGUAGUAGAUGCUCUUCGCAAGGCCCAAGAGGAAGCCAUGCGUAUGCUGUCGACAUACCCGGCGCUUGCAAUCCCCCCGGCCGGUCACGUUUCGUCCAAGAAACAUCAUCCGCAUAAGCACAAGCACAAGAAAGAGCACAAAAACAAGGACGAUGAAGACUGCAACAAAAAAAGCACCAGAAGAAGCAGUCGGAAGCAUGGUUCAAGCUUGCGUUCCAGAAGCGCUUUCGAGAUGUGA